AUGGCCACUAGACAACCACCGGGGUCUAUCUCAAUCUCGAGGUACGAUGCGGUUCCAGCGGCUGGUGAACUCAGUCCAUCCGGCACCUUGAGCCCUGGCGGCCAUGGAGGCGACAACGCAAGGAAUUACGUCGACAGCCCGGGGUCUCGAAACAACGAAACGGGGUACUUCGGGACAGUCCCACUUUCGCCGAUGUCCGAGGACAGCACAGCACAGCCCCCAGCCACGCACCCGUCUCAGUACUACCGUGAUGCGCCGAGGGCGCCAUUCGCUCGAGACACCGUCAUAUCUGGUGUCUCAGGCUUCUCGGGCGUCACGGACCACUCCGGGAGGACGGUGGGAUCGGAUCCUGCGGCGCCGAUGCUGCCGGAGAACCUCAAAUCAGCGUUCGACGAUGAUGUACCAGAGAAGCCGAAACAAAGGGUUGUUCUUUGUGGAAUCAAGCGAUCCAAUUUCUUCAUACUUCUGGUCCUUGUUUUAUUCCUCAUCGGAGUCGGGGUCGCUGUGGGCGUGGGCGUGGGACUGGGCAUGCCGAAAACAGACAACUCGAGUCCAUUUUCGGAGCAGCCGGAGAAAACAGCUUCCUCGACAGAUUCAUCAGCUGUACCAACUGCAACAACAGAGGCGGUAUAG